AUGGCGUGGUAUGUUGCUGCGCUCUCUCAAAUUAGGUUGUUUUCUGGGUUCUCCGCCAGUAAUGUUUUAUCGUCACAGACAUUUGCGCCGUGCGUGGCCAUCGCAUGCAACAUCCAAUGCCGCCAUAAAACGUCUACUACUGUCAAGAGGCGAAAAACGUACCCUUUCCACUGGUGGGCACCGCGCAGGAGAAAAGUGAGGGACCAGGACCACAUCCUGCCUGAGAACUACACGUUUCUCCAAGAGGUCGCACAGAAGAAAUACCUGCAGCCAGGCGAAAGUCCGCUUAGGGAAGAACCAUGGCCUGUGGCGACUUGGACGCCGGAGUCACGCAGGACCGGAGUGAUCGGUCGCAAGAUAGGCAUCUACCCCAUGUGGACAAACACGGGCAAGCGGAUAAUGACCACGUUAAUACAGGUCUUGGACAACCAUGUAAUUGACUACUUGCCUCCAGAGCAAUACGCGAAGACGCGGUUUGGUUUCCGGGCGCAGGGCCUCGGCUGCUUGAUAGUGGGUGCUGGCAGUAUUGAUCCCAUGAACUUCAAGGCACCUUACCUGAAGCUCUUUGAAAAGUCUGGCGUAAUGCCCAAAAAGAAGCUUACGCGGUUCUUGAUCACUCCGGAUGCGGCCCUUCCGCCUGGGACACCGCUGACGGCGGCCCAUUUUCGGGCGGGCGACUACGUUAAUGUGUACGGCAAGACGCGGGGCCACGGUUUCCAAGGUGUGAUGAAGCGAUGGGGUAUGAAAGGCGGCCCGGCCACGCAUGGCACGACCAAGUCACACCGGCGAUUAGGAGCCAUCGGCGGGCCCCGUGGCAUCAUCCAGAAAGGGAAGCGGAUGCCGGGACACAUGGGCCAGGAGAGGCGACUGCUCGCUGGUCUCCGUAUCUGGCGCAUUAACACACAGCACAACGUACUUUUUGUGCACGGUCCUGCGGUGCCAGGCCAUACGCUGGCGCUCGUGAAUAUCUACGACUCGAAGCAUGGCAAAAAGGGUCAUUCAGCCGAUGACCCGCCUCCAUUCCCUACGUACUUUCCUGAUGCCGCGCAGCCUUUGCCAGAGGAAAUGUACGACAAAGAGCUGCACCCAUUUGAAGCACCGUCAGUCACAUUUGAGGAUGAUGAAGUGCAAGUUAAAAAGAAAGCCAAGGUCAAGGCCAAAACCAAGGGUCGAAAGUAGUCAUGUGCUGUCUAACUGGCACUGCAACAUGAGCACGGAACUUAUUUCAUUGUAGAAUAAACCAAUGUUCACAUUA